AUGGAAGACAGUGGAAGUGGUCAGGAGGAGAAAAUGCAACAUAUGUACCGUGGGCUGCGAAUGAACCAGAUGGGAAUUCGUACCGAACUGUUGCUGUCGUUUGUUGAAAAGAAGACCUGGGAGCAUGCACUGUUACACUGCAGUCAGGAACACACUACACUCACAAGCCUCGUCUCUGAGACCGAGGACCUUCAGGCGCUGAGAAAGAUCCAGCACGACGACAUCACUGAGCGGGUGUGGAUCGGGCUGCGUUUCCUGGGGGACCGCUGGCUGUGGGUGGACGGAGACCCUCUGGUGUAUGAGAACUGGGCAGAAGGAGGAGAAGAGGACUACCAGUGUCCAAGAAUGAAACGCUGUGGAGCUUUAACCAAAGGGGGACAGUGGGAGAACUGGGACUGUGAGGACAGCCUCCACUUCAUCUGCUAUUAAAUCUCAUUGUUAUUUUAAUCAACAUCUACUCUUGCUGGAAAGGUAUAAUGUUAUGUUUUGCUCAGUCCAAAUGUUAAUCACCUUGUUUUACAGGAUGCUUUAAA